GACCAUGCCUCCACGCUCCAAACGAGCCCCAGCAUGGAGCAAGGGCGAGUUGAUGGACCUCAUCAGUGUGUUUGAGGAAGCUGUGGAGUCACAGCUGCGCUUCAGCCAUAGGAAUUAUGAUACCUAUGGGCAGAUAUCAAAGGCCAUGAUGGAAAGGGGCCAUAACCGGGACACGGUGCAGUACAAGGUUAAAGUAAAGGAGCUGCGGAGUGCCUAUUGCAAAGCCCGCGAGGGAAACCACCGCUCAGGUGCUGCCCCCACGACCUGCCAUUUUUACAAGGAGCUGGACGUGAUACUUGCGGGUGACCCCACUGCCAAUCCGAGGAUCAGGAUGGACAGUUCAGAGCAGGGAGAGGAGAGGGAGGUGGAAGGGGGGGAGGAAACCGAGAGUGAAGGUACUAGGGUGAGGGGAGACACCCUGGAGUCCCAGGAGUCAUGCAGCCAGGAGCUCUUCUCAAGCCAGGAGGAAGCUAGCCAGUCGCAGCAGCUGGAACUUGUUGGUGAAGAAGAAGCAGAGGAGCAGGUUCCCGUGUCCUUGACUACUACUACUACUAAUUGACUGGCCGUAUCAGAGACUGCUGAAAAGCUACAAAACCUGAG